UAAUGUCACUUAAUGACAAAAUGUCAUCUAUUGGUUCAAUUAUACUGACAUUUAUACAUUUCACAUUUAUAUUAAAAUUUUAUCGUGCUAAAAUGAGUCGUAAACAGAAAAAAUGUAGUGAUCAAGAAAGUAAUGCCACUAAAGAUGAAUCUGAGUCAUUCCAUACCCUUCCUUCUUAUAAAUCACAAAAUAAUUUUGACGAUACAGCAAUUCGGGUGCACCACUCUACUGUGAACGCCAUUCCUGUCAUCGAACCUAAAUCUGAAAAAUACAAACCAAUCCCGUAUAUAUUUCGUGUUUCUGAUGACUCCAACAGUGCUACCAUUAAAAAAAUGGUGCGAUGUCCACCGUUUCAUGUUCAAUUGGAUCACAGCAUAGCGGUGGUAUGGAGUUUGUACGCUUCUGAAGAAGUGGAUAUACCUUUGGGUAUUAAUCAACUCCAUUGGGCAUACAGUUUUCUUAAAAAUGUCAAAGAUAAAGACUCGACUUAUCCUCGCGAUAUAACACACUGUAUUGAAUCCAUCACUGAUGAGUUGAUUGAGCAAUAUGCCGAUUUAGCCGAUACCAUUCCAUCACAAAAGUCUUCAUCUUCGUCCUUUAAUCCACAAGCAAAUUCCAUCAGAAAUGAUGAAAAUGUAGAAGAUGAAGAAAGUAAAAAAAGUAGCAACAAAAGUGAGAAACAAGAUGGAAAGAAGUCCUGUACUUGUGGUGGUGGAAGUUCCUCCGUUAGAUUCUCUGAUGAUGAUGAUUCCGCUUCAGGAACAAGUAGUGAAGGCGGUUGUAUGAAAAAACCUAACUAUCCCUUCUCAAUAACAUACAAUGACAUGAGAUUGCAUAAUUAUGUUUUAAACCAGACUCCAGAGAAGAAGAAGGAAUCAGUGUGUAAUGCGGAUGACAGGGUCAACUCGUUUUUGAAUAAUAUGAGAAAGGACCAAUUGAAAAAGAUUCUUGCAGAGUUGGAUAGGUUGCACUCAAUUGAAGCAUACAUUGGAAAUACUGACAAGGAAUUCCAACCUUAUCUCGAUGAAAGAGACCAGGAGUUGAAAGACAUUAUUUCACGGAAGUUUGAAAGUUGUGCCGACGAUAGUUGCGAUGGCAAGCCAAAGGAAGAUAAGGAGAAGAAAAGUAAUUCAAAAUCUAGUGUUGCUUGUUCAAAUAAUUCAAAGGAACAAGACGACAAGGAGGAUAAGAAAAACGACAAAAACAAAAAAGAUGAAGAGGAAGAACAUGAUUCUGACGAAGAAGAAAAAGAGAAUAAUGAAGGCAAAGAAGGAACUAAAAAAUAAAUAUUUACCACUAUUUUUUAUGCAAUAUCAAGCCAGAUGAUAUAAGAUUUUAUACAAGUAAUUAUCAUGUUUAUUUCAUUUGUUUGUUAUGUUAUCAUCGAUGUGCUAUAAUCAAUCAACAUUUGACUCA